AUGGGGGUUUUCGGGAAGGUGAUAUUCUAUGCGAAGUCGGCUGUGGCGGUGCUGCUAGUGUCGACCUGCGCCGUGUACGGGAUGGUGGCGUCGGUGGUGCUGUCGGUGGUGGGCAAGCGGCACCUUGCGCAGUGGACGACCGCCCGGGCGUUCUACUUCCUGGGCGGGUGCCUGGGGAUCAAUAUCAAGUUGAUCAACGCGGAGCGGCUGGGGCAGCUGCCGGCGGUGAUUGUGUCGAACCACCAGUCGGAGUUAGACAUACUGCUAUUAGGGCGAGCCUUCCCACCGGGGUGCACGGUGACAGCGAAGGAGUCGCUACGGUGGGUGCCGAUCCUAGGGUGGUUCAUGGCACUGAGCGGGACCGUGUUCUUGGACCGGUCGAACCGCAGCAAGAGUCUGAAGUCGCUGAACGCGUCGCUGGAGCGGCUGAAGCGCAAUCGGCAGGCGGCGUGGAUUUUCCCAGAGGGCACGCGGUCGUACACAACGGAGAUGCAGCUGCUGCCAUUCAAGAAGGGGGCGUUCCACCUGGCGCAACAGGCGCAGAUUCCGGUGAUUCCGGUUGUGAUGUGCAACACGAGCACGGUGUUCAACCCGCGGCUGGGCAUCUUUAACCGCGGCACGAUCACGGCGAAAGUGCUGGAGCCGAUCGACACGGCUAACAUGACCAAGGAUGACGUGGACAAGCUUGUGAGCGACGUGCAGGCCAAAAUGCAGGCGGAGUUCGAGGCGCUUGGCUACGCGCCUGCGAUCGUGGACACGAGCCUACCCGAGGAGGCGCUGCGGCCGGAGUUUGUGGACUGCAAGGAAGACAUCACGGAGGUAACGCGCCUCUUGAAGUAA